CAACUGUUCUUGAAAAAAGCUAAUCAAAACUGUAAACUUUGUGUGGAAGGAUGGAAGUCACUUGGUUUAAAGUGUUACUACUUCUCCACUGAGAAACUGAACUGGAUACAGAGUCGAGAUAACUGUGUGGGGAAAGGAGGUCACCUGGUGAUUAUAACCAGCCAAACUGAACAGAAUUUUGUAUCUUCACAAAUUGGAGAAACACACUGGAUUGGCCUGAAUGACUUGGAGACUGAGGGAAAGUGGAUGUGGGUGAACAACCAGCCCUUAAAGGAGACGGAUGUAAAGUUCUGGUUUAGCACUCCAGAGGGACCAAAUGAACCUGAUAACUGGCAAAAUGAGGACCCUUCUGGAGAGGACUGUGCUGCGCUGGGGCAUGAGAUUGGUGACAUAAAUAAAUGGUUUGAUGCUUCUUGCCGUAAGCAGAAACGAUUCAUCUGUGAAAAGUAAAAUUUUUUUUAAAUAUUUUCACUUUUUUUUUUUUUUUUGCAUUUUUAUGUGAUUAUCUAAGAUUGUUCAAACCUCUAGACCAUUAGAAGAUGGUAUGAGAUCAUGUAUGUGGCUUUUCUCCUGCUGCCUUGUAGAAAUUUUAACAUUUGACAAGUUUGACGAUCAUGAAUCUUAGUUUAGUAGUUCCUCUUCAGUUCUGAGUAGUGUGAAAGUUAGAGGUAAUUAUAUCUCAGUCACCUUGAAUUACUGCUACUGGACAUUUUAAAAUGACUUUGAAUCCUGAAAAUCUUCAUUAGUUCUUCAUUUCUUUUACUGUAAUUUUGUAUUAAAUAAAUAUACAGCCGGUGACAAAUUAAAGGAAAACAUGAUUCACAAGAAGAGCUUCAGUGAACCUCGCCAUAAAUUCUAUAAGUCUUCUAAACUGUACUGAACGGAUGAACACCGGUCUUCCAAAUGAUAUUCCUCCAGUUUAGCAUAACAGAGCAACAAGUUCUCCUUUCAUUUGUCAUUCAUCUGUAAGGACUAAUGCUGUGUAUAUUUACUGAUGAUUGAGUAGUGUGCAUUUUAUGUUAGCUAAAACUGGAUGUAAUGUGAAGUUGCUUUGAAUAACCAUUAAAGAAAAUGUUAGAAUUAAUAAAAAAAAAUUACAUGGCUUAAAAAUAUAAUGUGUGUUAUUUAUUAUAAAUGAUGGUUUGCAUUAUGGCAGUGUUUUACUUCCAGUACAGCAAUAGUGGGUUAUCUUUGGUUUACUGUCACUUGAUGGAGAUUGCCAAUCACAGAUGAUCCAGCAAGAAACUGUUACAGUUUACUGUUUAAAUUACCUGUUAAAUAAUAAGAGUCUUCAGCUUAUCUUUAGAGAAAUCAGACACAUCUGGAAAUUGAAACCUCUUACUUGUGCUUCCCCUUUCUCUAGUAUCAUGUCACACAGACUGCAGAUUACAGUUUUUUACGAUUGCUUACACACUCAAAUUAAAAAUAAGAAGCAAAACCUCAGCCCAGAUCUGCACAACUAUAAGCACACAGCCUCACACUUUUUGCAAAACACUAAACACACUUCUCUACAUUAGACACAGAAAUCUAACACAAUGUCACUUCUUUGCCAUUUCAAGGCACUGCUUUCCAAUAUACCGCACCUACUAACCAACUGAUCAAACACAGCCAACAGGUGUACAGACACUUGGGCGAUUAAUUGUCAACUCAGCAAUCAGGCAUAAACACUAUAUAAAGACAGCAGGUAAAGGGAACUCCACGCUGUGAUAGCGUAACACUAUGGGAGUGCCCUCGAACGCAACUGGCAUCUGAAGCUUGUGUAAAAUCAUGCCUAUUUAAAGGCCUUCAGUGAUCAGGUGACGUGGCAUUUAAGUGCAUCGUGUGAUAUAUAUAUGGCACCUGUGAACCAUGCCGUCAGCCUUAUUUUCUUCAGCGAGAAUGCACGUCAGUUGUUUGUGUAAAGAAACAAAAAGAUGCUUAAUUUCCUCUCUAUCUUUUCUCAAAAUCUCUGGACUUUAAAAAAAAGAGAAGGAAAAAAAGGAAUGAGUGAGAGAGAAAAAUAUGAGUAAGAGAAUUCAGGAAGUGUGUUACGCCUUGCUCAUCACGGGGAAUAGUGCACACUUUCUGUGUGAAGUGUCUUGGGUUGGAGCAUGCGACGUUAGCCCUCGAGAGGUCUGACUGUGCAUUGUAAUGCCUACAUUAGGCAGCUCUGCUCAUGACUCGCUCUCUUCUCGGAAGGCGAAGCAAGUUGGGUUU